AUGCCUUGUUCAACAGUGAGCGAGCCCAUCGGUCACGAUACCCAAGGCUCGCCAACGGUGCAAUCACUAUAUAUACGAGUAUGUCUUCUCGACCGCGCUGCACUUAGCGAUCAUCGGCACAGGAACGCCCUGGGGAGAUAUAAAGAUCUCGAGCAUCCCGAUGGCCUCAUCGCCGAUGUUCUCGAUGCAUUGCCCGCGACAUCUUUCAGCGUGCGCGUUGCCUGCACUGUGAACGCCGUCACUUUUUCUGUCCCGGGAUCAAGUACGACCACCACUGCGGGGAGAGAGGGAAAGCCGUCAGCACCGCAGCCCAGCACGGACACAGAGAUACGCCGCGCGCACCUCAUCCGCGUACGGGUGCCAGUGCAUCGAGGCCCCGAGUCUCACUGGGACCCACAAGGUCCAACAAGGCGGGAUCCCAGCUGCAUGCAAAGCGCGCCGACCGUAACCGAGCCCAAGCGGCGCGGAGCUAGUCGCAGCCCCGUGGACCCCGUCUCCACAUCCCCAGACACCUACCCGCGCCCCAUGCUGAACCUGAAAGCCCCAAAUCCCACAGCGAUCCACGGCCCUGCACUCACCCAGGCCCGGAGCUCGAGCACACCACGCACACGCCGCAUGCCACACGCAGACGUCCAACACCAGAUGCGCACGACCCACGUGCAUUUGGAUAUGCCAAAGGGGCUGAACUUGAGGAUGCCCGUCCGUCCUUAUAGCCACCUGUCAUCGUCGUCGCCAUCGCACGGGUGA